ACCUCUUUUUUACAAGUCUGUAAGCAUUUUUUACGAGGGUACGUCUCUACUUUUAUACAUUUUCAAGAGUGAACGAGAUUUUCACAUUAUGCAUUGAUCAUGUUGAUUGAUGUUUAUUGGGACAUAUCAGUACAGUUUGCAAUUGCGGUAGACAAACAUCGCUAAGGUAAUGUUUUGGGUUAAUAUUUAAACAAAGUGAUUAGGCUGUCGAGGUAGAGACCUAGGAAGGUUUGUGUACAGAAUAAAGCUGCCAUGUUUACGCACUAAGAUGCCUUUGAUAAAAACAAAGAACAGCAUCCACUCGCUAUAAUACGUUUUACAGUCAUGUGCUUUAGUGGUAUUCAGUGUAAUAUCGUUUGGAAAAGAAAAUGAUAGGAGGUUACGUACCGCAGUAUCACAACGAUUUUUCACAACCUUCACAAAUGAGCAAAAUUGGAGAUGUAUUUCUUGUUUCUAGCUGUGUCAGCAAUAAACAAUGCCGAGACAAAUAUGAUUAAGGAAUCGAGCUAAUUUGCAACGUUGCAGCUAUGGACGUAGACGUGCAACACCCUCAUGACUCCCAGUACCUUGGACGCAGAAAACCAAAGAAAACACUAUGGCAACUACUGCGUCUCAACGCGUCUGUGUUCGGUGUGGCUUUCGGAUAUGCAGUUGCAACAUCCCUCGCUACUCCACUGCUCCUUGCCCUUGGUCUCCCGAACCAGUUGUUCGGGAUCGGAUGGCUUGGAGGGCCAGUCAUGGGGUACUUCCUCUCCCCUAUCAUCAUGGCUACCAGUGAGAGAUGCAGGAGCAGUUGGGGACGCAGGAGACCGUUUCUUCUUGUUCUUGGUAUGGGUCUCAUCGUCGGGGUUGUCCUCUUCCUAAACGGAAGAGAUAUUGGAUUCAUAAUCACUGACGACACACAAGACAGGUUGGCUUGUAUUCUUCUGACUGUCUUUGGUCUUGUGCUCGUGGACUUCUGCAGCAACGCCAGUGACAUACCAUCAAAGGCCUACCUAGUCGACGUUUGUGACCAGGACGACUUCAUCACAGGAAACAACAUCCGAAUCAUCUUUUCAGGUCUUGGUGGCGGGGUUGGAUACAUCUUCGUAGCCAUCGACUGGAUGUCGACGUCUAUCGGGGGAGCGCUGGGUAGUCAACUACGCGUCAUCUGCCUGUUCAACGUUGCCUUCCUGUCGAUCACCCUGGCACUUACACUCUUCAGCAUCCCCGAGACUGCACAUCAAGCCGAACAACAAACGAAUUCCUCAUCGUUAUCCGCGCCGGUUUCAUACACUUAUGUAGACAACAACGACGAACACGUACAACCAUCGUCAAUUCGAAAUACAUCCGUACAUGUUAACAUAAAUGUAGAUGAGAGACAGCCUUUACUUGGCGAAAAAAGCAACAUAGCUCACUCUGAUCUACCCACACCUGAACGUCCCCUAAAAAGGAACGCACCUUCUAGAAAAACGAUAAGGGAUCGCAGUAUGUGUGGAUAUGAUGCGGAACGGUUUAAGAAAUCGGCUGCAAGAAAUCCCGAGCCAUCACAUUUAGAGUUCUUCCCAAAUUUAGACGGCAAUGACGUUCAAAUACACGAUAACUUCGCGGGAGGUCCCUUCAGGGUGUCAUCAUCGAACACGAAUAACGGACUCAACAUCGAUUUCGACUGCGACGUCAGUACGGAUCGUUCUACCAUCGCCAGUAGUUCGGCUGCGAUCUUACCCGUGACAUCGACAACACACGGUGAUGCGUCCAGCCACGGAAUUAGCCUGGUGGCUGAAAGCAGUAGUGCUGGUGAUGAAGAGAGAAUGUUGUCUUCGGAUGAGAAAGAAUUAGUUUCCGUGAAACAUUUGAUGAUGUCAGCCAUAUUCAUGCCAUGUGUUCUCCGGAAGUUAAUGUUCUGCAGUUACAUCUCUUGGAUAGCCUUCUUAACGAUGCUUUUAUACUUCACCGAUUUCAUUGGUUGUACUGUAUAUCUUGGUGAUCCCAGCGCCUCUUCAAACUCCACAGCUUACUCAAGAUAUCAACAUGGUGUAAAGAUGGGAUGUUGGGGACUAUGUGUAUUCUCAUUUUCCGCUGCUAUUUCUAGCCUUGUGCUCAAAUUUCUCGAAAAACGCUGGAGCUUGCGAACAAUUUACGUAUUUGGUCAACUCAUUUACGCCGUCGGUAUCGGGUCGAUGUUCCUGACAAUCAGUUACCCAUUCGUGACCAUCUCUCUGUGUGUGACGUUCGGAAUCAAGUUAGCUGUAAUCAGAAGGAUACCAGAAUGUAUCAUCGCAGCCUACCAUCGCUCUCAUAAGUUUAAAAAUCCUGAUGGUGGCUUGGUUCGCAGUUCGUCUAGUGAUCUGGCUGGUCUUGGAAGUCAAGUCCUAUUCGCUCAAAUCACGGUCUCCACGCUGAUCGGUCCCAUCGUCCAUUCGACCGGUACUCGACUCGCCCUCGUCGUCUUUGCGUCAUCAACUGCCUUUAUUUCGUGUAUCCUCUCAGCUUGUUUUGUAAAUUACGAGUUAUGAUGGCCGAACAGUGUUUUGGGUGAGAGAGCUAGACAUUUCCAGCAUAGCUAUGAGGAUAUAGCUAUUGCGUUUUUAAACAUCUUACUCGAGUCUGCAUCAUAAUAAAACAAAUAAUCACUAUCGGUGAAUGUGAUGGGACAAAGUCACUUUUGUCGGUUUGGACAAAGUAAAAGAUUGUGUGAAUUCAUAUCAUUUUACUUUAUUGGAAUAAUAACGCUCGUAUGGUAGUCUAAAUUAUUAUUUCAGUAUGUUGAUGUCUUAUAUUUCAAAUGUUGUGUUGUUUUCUUUUAAAUGAAGGGCGGAGGACCAGAGAUAGAGAAGUAGGAGCAAGAGAGAGAGGGAGAGAGAGAGUUAGGUGCACAGUGCACACGCCGAAGGUGAGAUUCGGUAACAUGAGCAUUGACCUUGCGCAUUAACGUCAUCUUCGAGGCAGAUGCCAUUUGCCUGCCUGGCAUGCGUUGGUGACCUUCAGCUGGCGCAUAUAUAAAGAGUUUUCGCACAUAACUCGGAGCCGCUCUCUACAAUGCACCGUGUCCCUUGAAAAUACAAGUCAAAUCUCAAUGUAGAGAUGAGGAUUUGUUGAAAGUGGGUGGACCGGGACAGCAGAUCAUCCGAAGAUUUGCACCGUGCACCAGACGAACAAUUGCAAUAUUUGGUUUUACAGAGCAGGCCUAGGGGCGGAUUCAGGAUUUUCCAAAAGCAAGAGACUACGCUGCUUUUCCGGUCCACCAACUUUCGGCAAAAGCCUCUCAGCUCUCCAUUAUGAUUCGACUUGCAUUUUCAAAGGAAUUGGUGCGUUAUCAGUAACAGAGAGCAGCUCCGAAGGUAAUGCAAAAACUAUCUAUUCUCUGUGGAGGACGAUUCGAAAUUGUGACGUAAUAUGCAUAACGUCUAUUAUCAGAUUAUGGUCGGGUCAGAAAAUUCAAGAUCAUAGAUUGGAUAAUUCUAUUACCAUGAAAGUGCAUUUAUUGAUUACCUUUUAAUAUCGAAAUUUAUUACACUUGCAGAAUGAUACAAAAUCCUCCUACAAAGCCGAAUUCGUCCGAUAAAAUCGAUUUUGAAAUUGAAUAGUUUUCCCCCUAAUAAUUUUGUCAUCGCUCACAUGUUGAUUGACAUUGUUUUAUGCCAAAGGGAGAAGGAGUAUUUCACACAAUCGCUAUAUUUCCUUAAAUAAACGUUCUUACGAGAAUCUUUAUAAGAGCAUAGUUCGAAUGAAAAAAAAUGAAACCAAUCAUCAAAAUAUUGCAAGUAUGAGACCAGACAGUUUGUAAGGGACGAUCAUUGACACCUAUUAAAAGUUGAAAGCCUAUAGAAACAAAAAUAUGAGUUACGUUGAGUUCUAUAUAUUAUUUCAUUGUAAGAUGCACCACUAAAAUGUGUCAUAUUAUGGUGAAAUUUGGUUGUCAUGGUUACCGUCUUCAUAUAGAAUCAAUAUUUGUUGUCAGUAUCUCUCUUGACAAUUUUAUCUAAAUUUACUGAGACAUAAUUAUACUCAAAUAGAACUUCAAACAUUAGCCAUACAAGCGUUCUUUCAUUUCACAUGAAGUAAUUUUGACAUAAUCUGUAUCAUUGCUAUAAUGCUCAUAAAAAUACAUUAUUAUACUUAAUAAUUACACAGUCUUAUGUGUAAUUAUGUAAAACACAUAUGGCUGUGGUCACCAUGGUUAACAUGGUCAGUGUGAUGUGUUAUUUUUCUUUGAAUUUUACCGAUUGAGAAUUCUUUCAGAAGUGAUCAUAGAUAUUACAUGUAUUAAAGAAGAAAUUAU